CCUACUCUUCCCGGCAUGGGGGCUUGGGAAGAAGACGAUGGGUGUGUCGCAUAGACGUCGUCAUCGUCUUGCCGUCCUUCCCCGUUCUGUGAUUGGUUCCCCAUCUCAGGCGAAAAUCGGAUCCAUGGAAUCUAGGCUGCCUCGCAGUGCGAAAGGAAAUCGCGCGCAAAGCUGGCUGGCUGAAAUUUGAGAGGGGUUUCUGGGAGUGUCAAUGAAACAUGUCGUGUAGGCUGUGGAAAGAGACCCUGGCCCUGUCAGAGGACUACCUGUUGUCCUGCAUUGCAAGCACAGGCACAGCCCCGCCGCCUCCCAGCGAGUCAGCCGCGGCCAUGAGGGGACUGGCCCAGGACAUGGAGCGGCAGCACUACGCUCGCUUCCAGGCUCUGGCCCAGAGCUUCCUGGCCCAGUGCGAGGCCGACGCAUGCGCCGGCCUCCGCAAGGUGAUGGAGGAGCUGGUGGGAGACGGACAGUUGAACUGGGGGAGGGUAGUGUCCCUCUUCACCUUUACCGGGGUGCUGGCCAGACAACUGCAGGAGAAGAAGGGGGUACAACUGGGGCAGGACCCCGGGACGGGCAGGGCACUGGGACAGGUUCCCGGCGGGAGCUGCAGGGGGCUGGCGGAGACGAUAGCGGACUACCUAGGGGAGGAGAAGAGGGACUGGCUGCUGGAGAACGGGGGCUGGGAAGGGUUUUGUAAGUUCUCCAGCAUCGCCCGAGAGGUGAACCAAGAGUCUUCGAUGAAGACGGCGCUGUUCGCGGCCGCCGGGGUGGGCAUCGCAGGCCUGACGUUCCUUUUGGUGCGCUAGCCGGCGUUCCCGUCUGAAACCACAUGGUAGAGUUCAUAUCACACAGUUAGGGAGACAUGUCACCAAUUUGUUCUUUGACAUCCAGGGUUUGGGGUUCUGAGCCUAGUCCACUGACCUUGGGGCUUAAACCCCCCUGUCAAGCUUCAGCGGCCUGGUGUCUUUAGCUCCUAAUGAUUGUAAUAAAAGAUCUUGAUGCCUUCAGAAAGGAUAGGGUAAACACUCGGUUUGCAGAUCCCCUGACAAGUUAGUUUUUAAAGUGCGGGUUUCUGCAGGAGGUUGCUCUUAAAGUUUGUAUUUUUGGCUGUGCAGCUACUGGGCUUUACAUUUCAGUUUUCAGAAACAUCGCCAGUUUUGUCCUAAUUUUGUGUUUGCUGCAUUUUUUUCCCUUGUGGUUUAGACCCAUUCAAGUGUACAACGUAUAAAUUAAUAUAUUAUAUUUAUAUAAAAUAAAACUUAACUGGCCGUUUUCGGAUCUGACAGAUUCCAUUGUUUUCUAAUUCGUAGUAUAUUGUGGACUCUUAUCAAAUCUGGGGUUUUGUUGGUUGCCACAUUUUUCCGAAUAUCUCCAGUGUGGACAAACAAGCCGUUGGUGCUAAAAUAUACAUUCUUUCUCGAAAAACCAGGGACCAAUCUCCAAUUGAAACCAUGUAACCCAAAUUCAGUGGCUUUGGAAAAUCCUCUACAGCAUUUCUGAAACAUAUUUUUUCAUUCUUUUCUUUCUAUUUAUUUUUCACUCUGAUUUAUAAUUUUCUUUUUUUAAUAAAACAAUAAAUUGAUAAACAAAUCAAAACCGAGUCAUGGUGAUUAAAGAACCGACGCCGUCGGCGGGUCUGAGUCUACGCGGGCAGGUGCUGUUUCGUUUCAACUGCUGGUAUGUUGACAUCAAUGCUGCAAUAAUAAAGCAAGCCGUCCAGCGUGGGCCUGUCGGGGCAGGCCUACAGCUCAGGGGACUCUCGCAGGCUCGCAAUCCUCCAGCAGCCUGGCUGCUCGUCAAGCAGAAACGCCUGCCUUUUUUUUUUACUUUUAAUUUGUUAUCUAUUUAUUAACCAGAUGAGACUCGUCAAGAGUCAAAUCUUUUUGCAAGAAUCUCCUUGCAGCUAUGGGGCAUCAAACGAUGCAUCAGGGUUACAGUCUACAGAGAAUAUUGCAGGAAAGGACUGUCCUAUACAAGCAUACAGGAUCUCUGCUUUCGGCAUAAAACCUCCGCCCCUAACACAUUUUGAGUGUUCAAUGACUUUCCUGGGAUGGGGACUUCCCUGGGACUUUGUUAGGGGGGAUGUACUUCCUUAUUUGACUAUCAAAUGUAUAAUCUCCCUGGUGUGUGUGUAUAUAUUGUUUUUAGUGUGCAAAGGGAGUGCAAUACAAAUAUCUAGAUGUUAGGCCUCUUCCAUCAGCCUUGAGCAAACAUUAGACAGAGACGACACAACAGCGCCCACUAGUGCUGUUGCUGAAUUACUGGAUUUCCUUAAACGACCAAAGACGACUUUAGCUUUCGGAUGGUAUUAGAUGGUGGAGGGUGGACUACCCUAUCCCAAGCCAAGUUGUUCUUGGGUCAAAGGUAUAUGGUUUUUAACCGGACACAACUUUUCCUACUAAGUGCUUGACAGAACAAGAGAUGUAAGCCCCUAAAAAUUGUUAGUGCUUGGCACUUGGUUAUAUGAACAUCCUUACUGUACAGACAGUCACCCACUGUUUCUCUUUCUUCUGAAAAAUGUACUAAUUGUAAGUCACUUUGGAUAAAAGCGUCUGCUAAAUGGCCUAAAUGUAAAUAUACCAUAUGGCUUAAUGUAAGAAAACCGGGUUGGAGGCAUGGAGUUAUCUGUCAUCUGCAAUAGUUUGAAGAGUAAUUUGACAUAUGUAUAUGCAUAGGCCCACUGGUAUGCGAAUAUACGCAAUACUUAUUCAAUGGAUGCAUGGGUCAUUCUGUGUUUGUUUUCUAAUCAGAGAAGUCGAAAGAGCCCCAAUGUAUACGUUGAUAUGCUUGCAGCUGUGGUUUUUCGGCAGUUAUGGGUAAAUAGAGCAUUGACAAGAGACGGGAGACAAAACAGAGUGCUUCCCUAGGGAGUGGUUAAACAAGGUCCCACCUGGCUUGAAUUAUGUACACAACAUCAUUUUAAGUGUGAACCUUCAUGUCCUUGGUCUGUACUCCUAGCCAAAAUUUGCUCAAGUUUUAUAUUGAAAUA